UCAUACAAUUGUAACAAACUUAUAUACUCCAUCAGAAAAAUGACUUCUGCAUAUGCAUAUGCACUUAUUUUCUUGUGCAUAUCCAUUGAGGUUUCUCCGAGCGUCUCACAAUUACUUGGAGUAGGAGACCUUUUGCCAGGUCCAGGGGUUGCUUUUCCAGAUAUCCUCAUUUCUUUUCCGGAUAUCUCCAAAUGUUUAGAAUCAGUGAUAAAUGUUCCUGGAUGUGUUGAAGAGAUUUUAACAUCUUUCUUAAAGGUUCAAUAUCGACUUAUAGGUCCUCAAUGUUGCAAAGCUGCAUUGGAGAUUGAGGAUAGUUGUUGGAUUAAGAUUUUGCCUUUUAGUUCAAUUUUCCCUUUAACACUUAAAAGUUUUUGCUCCAUUGAAGGUUCAUUCCCACCACCAAUUCCUGAACCUCUAGAUUCAAAUAGUAAUGAAGAUUAUACGGAAAAUUAAGAACUAAGUUGUUUCAUUAUCGUCCUUUGAACUAUUCUAAUAAAUGGGUGGCGAUGAGAU